GCUAUUGUGUCCACCGCGUCAUGCUGUGUUGUUAUGUGCUCAUGAUUGUGUCUCCUUUUUACUGCUAUUUGUUCAUUGCCAUCAUGGUGACAUCUGCUUCAUUUCAUGGCAUGGUUGGACUUCAGAAUGCAAGCAGAUAUAUGAUCGACAAAAAGAAUUAUUGGCGAUAUGAUGGCUUUAUCGCGACUCCAGAAAUGGGAGACAUUCCUCUCAAUAUGUUUACAUUCAGUGCGAACACUGCUUCCACUGAAGACGGCAUCUAUCUAUUGGAUGAGCUACAACCUCUUCCUGAUGGUGCUCGCGCCUUUCCUACGAUAGUCAUAGCCGGGAAGGUUUUGCGAGGUGCUUUUACACUCCAGCAGGAAAACAGUUUUGAUAUGGAUGUUUCUCAGUAUGUUGCAGGCCCCCAGCAAAACAUGCGAGUUCACUGUUACUAUCUCAAAGGACAUCCCCGUUUCUCCAAAACCCCUUUGCCUACUGCUAGCAAGCACAUUGUCAUUCAAGGCACAGUGCGAAGUGUCACUGGAGAUCGCUGCAUGGUACCGUCAAAGAUAUCGCUUUAG